UUCGUGUCUCUGCCUCAGCUGUUUGUGCAGCAGCAGCACAGACGCUCCUGUCCCCCCCUCCCCUUUUCUCCUCAUGGACCAAUCGCAGCUCACCCCCUUCUAGCCAAUAGAAAAGUUGAUCAGGACGGGACGGUCUGGUGUGUGCUGGUGUUGGUGCUGCUGCCGGAAGGUGCGGUUCGAGUCCAGGUGUGGCAUGCAAACAAGGAAUUGAAUUUUGCCUCCCCUCCUGCCUGCAAGUUUCCUGUCCUACAGAAUGGCCACCGGUGUUCUGCUGCUGCUGACGCUCUGCUCCUCAUUCAACCCUCUCACAGUUGCCAUCAUCUUCAGAGAGCCCCGAAUUUUUGGAGAGGAUGCCACUGGUUAUGGCCCCAUCUUUGAGGAGGAACCUGUGGACGUGGUCUACAUCGAGGACUCACCCGACAACAGAAUCUCCAUGAACUGCAGGGCGCGGGCAAACCCUCCGGCCGCAUACAGGUGGCGCCGUGAUAAUUGGGAGAUCAAGUUGUUGGAGCAGCCGGAUGAGCACUACAGUCUGGUUGGAGGUAACCUGGUUAUCACCAACCCCAAACAGAAGAAGCACGCGGGCACCUACGUUUGUGUGGCCAAGAACAUACACGGCACUGUCAUCAGCAAAGAGGCGCGCAUCAAGUUUGGCUUUCUGGAGGAGUUUCCUGAUGAGGAGAGAGAUCCUGUGUACGCCAAAGAAGGACAAGGGGCAGUUCUCCUGUGUGUUCCUCCAAAAGCCUGGCCUGAGGCGGUGACCUACCGCUGGAUCUACAACGAACUCCCCGUUUUCCUGAUCCCGGACCGACGCCGCUUCGUCUCCCAGAGGACGGGAAACUUGUACAUCGCUAAGGUGGAAGCUCAGGAUGCAGGAAACUACUCCUGUUACGUUUCUAGUCCCAUCACCGGCAAAAGUGUCUUCUCCAAGUUCAUUCCACUCAUCCCUCUGCCUCCUGAUGAAGGCGAGGAGAGAAAAUACCCAGCAGACAUCAGGGUCAGGUUCCCAGACACUACCUCCAUGCUGGCCUCUAAUAUCACCCUGGAGUGCUUCGCUCUGGGGAAUCCGGUGCCUCAUAUUGUUUGGAGGAAGGUGGACGCCACCGACCUCCCAGCCAACCACGAGAUCAGCGAGUCGGGAGCCGUGCUGCAUUUGUACAACGUGCAGUACGAAGACGUCGGCGGAUACGAGUGCGAAGCCAUCAACACCAAAGGGAAGGACUGGCACAAGGCGUGGCUCUACGUGGAGUCUGCGCCGGAGUGGGCUGAGACCAUCAACAACACCAUCAUGGACAUCGGCUCUGAACACACCAUGCGCUGUGUGGCGUCGGGGAAACCCUUCCCCUUCAUCCGCUGGUACAAGGACGGAUACAUGUACGGCAAAGGAGAGCUGAAGUUUUCCAGUCUGACGCAGGACGACUCUGGGAUGUACCAGUGCAUCGCCGAGAAUUACUGGGGCAUCAAAUACGCCAACGCCGAGCUGCGAGUCAUCGCCUGUGCUCCUACCUUUGAGUUCAACCCCAUAAAGAAGCAGCUGCUGGGAGCCAGGAACGGUCGGGUGGUGAUCGAGUGCAAACCUCGAGCGGCUCCCAGACCUCGCUUCACGUGGACGAAGGACAAAGAGCUGCUCUUCAACAACUCACGGAUUUCCAUCUUGUACGAUGGAACUCUGGAGAUCCUCAACGCCACCAUCAACGAUGAGGGAACGUACACCUGCACCGCCGAGAACGACAAAGGGAAGUCCAGCAGCUCCGGAUACCUCACCACCACAGAGGCGACCAGCCUGACGGCGCCCCCUGAAGACACAGAGGCCAGAGUUGGAGAUGAGGUCAUUCUGAGCUGCGCUGCUUCCUACGAUCCCAUGCUGGACAUCACCUUCAUCUGGUCCAUAGACUUCAGAGUCAUCGACUUUGACGCCGAGUGGCAGCACUAUGAACGUGUCAUGAGCGACGACGGCAGCGGUGACCUGAGGAUAAAGAACGUCCAGAUUUGGCACGAGGGUCGUUACACCUGCACAGCUCAGACUGUGGUGGACAGCGAUACAGCGUACGCUGACCUUAAGAUUGUAGGUGUCCCUGGACCGCCUGGCGUGAUCAGGAUUGAGGAGAUCGGCGACACGUGGGUGAAGCUGUUGUGGAGUAAAGGGGCGGAGCACAACAGCCCCAUCCUGUACUACACCAUCCAGACCAGGCAUUACUGGGCUCUGUAUGAGGACGACUGGAGGAACGCCAGCACCUCUCCUGCUGUUAUCGAUGGCAGUAUGGACAGGGCCGAGGUGACAGAUCUGUACGCCUGGAUGGAGUAUCAGUUCAGGAUCAUCGCCACCAAUGAGUACGGGUCUGGGGAGGCCAGCAUCCCCUCACUCAAGAUUAAAACCUGGGACUCUCCUCCUGUGAUUUCACCCACUGAUGUGGCAGGAUACGGAGGCAGAAACGGAGAGAUCGUCAUCACUUGGAAUCCUGUUCAACCGUGGUUUUUCUACGGCAAGAAGUUCGGUUACAUCGUGGCAUUCAAGCCUCACGAUGGAUACGACUGGUUCUACGAGACCAUCUCGGACCCCGAGACCAGACGUUACGUCCACAGAGACUCCUACUUCCUCCCUACUGAGGAAGACUACCAGGUUCGGGAGUUCCAGGUGAAGAUCAAGUCCUUUAAUGUGAAGGGAGACGGACCGUACAGCCUGACCAAGGUCAUCUACUACCCCCGAGAUGUACCCAUAGAGCCUCCCACAGACGUCUAUGCCCGGCCAGUGUCCUCCACAGAAGCUCUGGUCUGGUGGCUACCAGUGGUGGACACUGGGACCGGCCUGCAGCAGUACAUCGAGGGAUACCAGGUAAAAUACUGGAGGAAGUACGACGACCCUGAGCCGGGGGCGAACCGCAUAUUUGUUCCAGCCACUGUGAAUCAGACCAGGCUGGAGAACAUGCUGCCGGACUCUCACUACCUCAUCGAGGUCCGAGCGUUCAACGGUGCCGGCCUGGGACCACCGGGAGAACACUGCGAGAUGUUCACCAAGAGACCACCACCACCAGAUCCACCCAGGAUGUGGCGCUACAUCAGCUGGACAGGAAUGUGGCUGUACGUGUGGUGGGACCACAUCCAGUACGACUGGUUUGGGAAUUUCUCCUUCCCUCUCUACUACAAGGUCAUGUUCAGAAAGACGGGCUACAUCUACGGCAAGGUCUACAUCACCGGCUGGCACUUCAUGGACUUCCCCAUGCCUCAGGUUGGCGACUACGAGCUGAUGGUGAGGGGGCGUUACGAAGGAGGAGACGGCCCCGUCAGGAAGAUCAGGCUUCUGGGUCAAGCCUCCACGAUCACGCCCACGCUCAGCCUGGCUUCUCUGUUGGUGCUGGCACUGUGCAUUAUGGGAUUGGAAGUUUAAGUCUGCCGUAGUAAUAUGUACAUAAAAGACUCUGAGAAUCAGAUUUUUGAACAAAGUUAAACGAGUCACUAUUCAACCUUCACACCAAUAUUCAUCCCUAAAGACCCCUACACUGCACUCCUCAUGGCCUGUACUUAGUGUAUAUAUACAGUAUAUUUAGCUUUUUUUAAGUCGUGAUCACCAUUAAAAUCGCUUCAUACUCCAGGUUCACAGUAACAGUUCAGUCCUGCAGAUAUUAGAACUACUGUAGUUGCCUUAGUGAAACAGGGAAACUGUCAAAUGUUUAAGUUAUUUUGCAGUUCAUAGGAAAAGUUUUUCUUUUUGGUUUAUUAUUUAUUAAGUUAUUUGUUGUGUACUGUGUCAAUGAUUUUUGUGUGAAUUUAUUUUGUUUUCACAGCUGAUUAUUUUUCGUAGAUUGAACUUUAUUUAAAUAGGUGUUCAGAGAUGUAUUAAAAUAAUAAUAAAAAAUUAAAAUAAAAAGAGUCGUUUCUGCCACGUCACUUUAAAUUGAAGGGUAAAAUGAUACUGUAAACAAAAGGUCUCACUGGAUUUUUCUUCUUUCUUUGUCCUUGUGUUGAGCUGCAAAAGCAUUAAAAACCAAAAAGAAGUAAAACUGUGUCCUC